GUUCUGUCCGCUGGAACCUUGAAAGUCACGUGACUUGGAACAAACCAAUAGGAAAAAAUAUCCAUGGAAUAGCCACGGGAUAUGACUGUCAUUAACUUGCAUUGUAGCGAAAUCCGUGUCAGUUUCACGGAAAUUGUUGUUUACACAUGAAACAUUUUUCAGGCUAACGUGGGUCAUCCCUCACAGAGUUUAAAUAUGACUGGUCGUGUGGCUGUGAUUGGAGGAGGUAGUUCAGGUCUGGCCUGUAUCAAGACCUGUCUGGAUGAGAGGCUGGAGCCUGUCUGCUUUGAGAGCAGCGAUGACAUCGGUGGUCUGUGGAGGUUUAAGGAGAAUCCUGAGGCAGACAGGGCCAGCAUCUACCACUCUGUCAUCAUCAACACCUCCAAGGAGAUGAUGUGUUUCAGUGACUUUCCCAUUCCUGGACACUUCCCGAACUACAUGCACAACUCUCUCAUCAUGGACUACUUUCAGAUGUACGCUGACCGCUUCCAGCUCACCAAGCACAUACGCUUUAAUACAAAAGUCCUGCAGGUGAAGCAGAGAUCCGAUUUCUCUCAUAGCGGCCAGUGGGAUGUUGAGACAGAGAACAGGGAUGGCAUGAAGGAAAAGCACAUUUUCGAUGCUGUGCUGAUCUGUAUUGGACAUCACUGCCACCCCAACAUGCCACUACAUGACUUCCCAGGAAUUGACACCUUCAAGGGAACGUACUUCCACAGCAGAGACUACAAGACUCCUGAGGACUGGAGGAAUAAAAAGGUGGUCGUGAUUGGAAUAGGAAACUCUGGAGGAGACAUCGCAGUGGAACUGAGCAGAGUCACCAAGCAGCUGUAUCUAAGCACUCGGCGGGGAGCUUGGAUCUUACAUCGAGUUGCAGACAAUGGUCUUCCCCUGGAUAUGGUUGGUACCAGGGUGGAUAAUUUCUUGCGCCGAAACCUUCCCUUUGGAUUAUCCUGCAGCAUGAGAGAGAGAAAACUCAACCAAAGAUUUGAUCACAGUCUGUAUAACUUGCAGCCAAAGCACAGGUACGGCAGCAACAGUGUAGCUCAGUCAGAGACAUGGCUUUUUACAUGUUUGAUGACUGACGUGCUUGUGGUGUUACUGAUCAUUGUGAAUAUAAAUCUCAGGGUGAACAGCCAGCAUCCCACAGUGAAUGAUGAGCUUCCCAACCGCAUCCUAUCUGGAACAGUUCAGGUGAAACCCAACAUCCGCAGGUUUCAGGGGUCCAGUGUGGAGUUUGAUGAUGGAAGUGUUGUAGAAGAUGUUGACCUGGUGGUGUUUGCCACAGGUUACAGGUUUUCCUUUCCAUUCUUGGCUUCACAUGUGGUCUCAGUGUCAGACAACAAAGCCUCUCUGUACAAGUUUGUCUUUCCUCCUGAGUUGGAGCGCCCCACUCUGGCCAUCAUUGGUCUGGUGCAGCCACUGGGAGCCAUUAUGCCCAUCUCUGAGAUCCAGGCCAGGUGGGCCACACGUGUCUUUAAAGGCUGCCUCAAGCUCCCCUCAGUGGCCUCCAUGCAAAAAGACAUCCAGUGUAAGAAGGACAUGAUGGCUAAAAGGUACGUCACCAGUCAGAGACACACCAUCCAAGUGGACUAUGUCAACUACAUGGAUCAGAUAGCAGAGCUGCUGGGAGUUAAACCCAACAUCCCAAAGCUGCUGCUGACUGAUCCCAGGCUGGGACUGUCUGUUGUGUUUGGUCCCACUUCUCCGUACCAGUAUCGCCUCAGAGGGCCGGGGAAAUGGGCCGGAGCCCGCCAGGCCAUCCUGACCCAGUGGGAUAGGGUGGCUCAGCCCAUGCAGACCAGGCCCUGUAAUGAUCCCAAACCCAAGAGCUCCUUUAUGUGGCCUCUGAUUCUGUCAGCUGUUGCUGUGGGCUUAGCUGUCUACAUUAACAGAAACAACCUUCCAGCUUUCCUCCACGAUCCAACUGCUCUGUUGGACAAGAUGAAAGUUUACCUGCCUGCACACUGAUGUGCAAUUAAUAUUAAGUUCAUAUCUGAUGUGAUUUAUAACUGUAUAGCGCAUGCUUACUUGCUGGUAGAGUUAAUAAUCAGCAUGGAUGGCAUUUU